AUGAAAAUCCAUUGUGACGAAAUAUUAUCACUAAAUCCCGGUAUAAUCUUUCAUCCAACAAAUUUAAACCAAUUGACAAUCAAUUCAUUAAAAGAUAUACUCGGUAGUAAAAAUGGUUUUGUGAUGGCGGAAGUGGAAGUUUGGACAAAUGUUGUCAGAUGGGGUAUAUCACAGGUGGAUGAACACUUGAAUGAGAUAAAUGCUUACCAUUGGGGCGAAGAAGAUUUCAUGAAAUUAAGAGACGUGAUAUGUGAUAUUCUACCGCAUAUUAGGUUCCGUUCAAUAAGCACUAGUAAUUUUUAUCACUAUGUUGCACCAUUUGCAAGAGUGAUUGGAGAAGAAGUAUAUCAUGAAUUGUUAAAGUAUCAUUUGGUCGCUAGUUAUCGUCCAGACCCAAAUAUAAUAUGUCCACUUGGUGAUCGAACAGGACAGUACGGAUCGGUUUAUUUUAACCCAAUAUUUGCAAGCUUAAUAUCAAGCUGGGUUGACAACCAUCCACAAAUAUUUUAUAAUAGAAAAACCACUUAUGAUUUCAAAUUGCUAUUUAAGGCUUCACGUGACGGGUUUAGGGUACAGGAUUUUUAUGCAAAGUGUAGCUUUGUGAUGAAAACAUUGUUAUUGAUAAAGAUAAAAGGCUACGAUAAUCUAAUCGGUGGGUUUAAUCCAAAUUAUUGGGUUGAUGGUAAUGCCUUUAAAACGAGAUUAGGUGCACAUUUGGAAACACCGUAUAGUUUUCUUUUCAAUUUGAAUAGGUCAUCGCCACAAGUUUCUAUACUUAGCCGAGUUGCUGGUCACAAUAAAGCUACUUUUUAUCAUCCUGAUUCAGGUCCAAAUUUCAAUGAUUUGAAACUUUGUCCAUCAGGAUUUGAUAACCUUCAACAAAAAUCUGUGGACUGUCAUUAUUUUUUUACGGGUUUUUAUUAUCAAAAUAACAUAGGACUUACUAAUUCUGUCUUUCAAAUUGAAGAUUAUGAAAUAUUCAUCUUAUCAAGAAAAACUCCUGGUACUAUUAUUAAAAUUAUUUUUUAUGAUUUUUUACAAUCAGGUUAUUUUAUAUUUAUAAAUGAACUUUAUCGUGGUUAUACAAGUAUAUUAUUAUGUAAAUUUGAUAUUUAA